GAUGACGUCACGUCAGGAGUUUCGGGAUAGCGAAAGCACCAGGAGCCAAUCAGAUGGGAGGAUUUUGGCGCGUUCCUCGGAAGCGGUGUGUGCGCGAGCUGCUCUUCUCCACACUAAUCUGAGGUAGACUAAACUCCGUGUUUAAUCUGAAGUAAAAAGUUAAGAAUGGAUAAGUGUUAUAAAACAGAGGGAGAGGAGAGUGGACCGGACACGGACACCACUGCGAUAAAAAGAGAAAAUCAUGGGCACACUUUCAGAUUCCAGUAUGAAAGAGAGAGGUACACAGUGACCUGUAAUGCCCUGAUGACCAUCCUACAGAGACUUCAGAGAGACCCCACCAUUAAAUCCAUUUGUAACAAAAACCAAAAUAAAGAAAUGGUCAUCAGGAGAGAGCAAAUGCCCAGAGCUGCUGUGACACCACAUUUCCCGUGCUGUCUGCUCAAAUCCGACGAGCUUCUGGACAUCAAGUUCAUCAAACCAGGUGGAAACAGCGAUCCAGGGAAGACACCAAAACUCGCUGUCCACUCAGCUGAAAAUCUGAUGUGUUUCUAUGUUCAGACCAGAGGUGGGAAAAAUAUCCGCAAGGUGAUGAAGAGUAAUGAGCUGAAGAGCACGGUGGAUUCCGUGUGUGUGUAUGCAGUGAAAGGGGAAAAAGUGAAAGUGGCACUGAAACGUGAUGGACGAUUUAACAGUGUGAUCUUCAGAAAAGGAGCUCUCUAUGAGUGGGAAACCAAGAGCACCAUGAAUCUCUCCAAUCUCGUUGAUGACAUGGAUGGAAAACAUUUUCAGAUUACUGUCUCUCCUCACCCAACAGGCAGCCAGGAGUCGAGCCAGGAAAUGAGUCAGGAGCCAGAAGAAACAGUGAAGGAUGAAAAUAGUGCAGCUCCUGAAACUCCUCAAGAAGAAAAACCCAACCCAAAUUCCACCAACGCUCAAGUGAAGAAAACGGAGACUCCACAGGAAGAAAAGAUGUGGAGAAUAUACCCAAACACGAAAGAGAUCCCAAACACAGGGGAGAUCCUGAGUCUCCUGCGAGAGCAGCAUGGACAGCUGUUGAAGACGCUGCAAGAGCGACAAAACGUGAAGAAGUUCUUUAGAGAGGAGUAUGAUAAAAGCAUUCAGAGCUUCUCGGAGGUGAAGAAAGUGAAAGAGUUGAUGGGUUUAUCCGACUCUGUCUGCCAGCUCUGCUUUAAGAGUUCUGCUGUUGGAACCGGAUUUCUGCUCUUUGACAAAUUUGUCCUGACCAACGCACAUGUUGUUGAAGACUUAAGAAACGAACUAACAGCUGUGUUCCAUCUUGAAGACAUGAGCUCUGUAAGAAACGUGAUCCCAGUGGAGGAGAACGUUGUUGCUUUUAGGAGGGGAAAAGAUGAGAUGGGGAACUAUCUGGAUUUUGCUUUGCUGGAACUGAGCGAUGAUCCAAAAGUUCCAGAAUUGCUGGAGCGUUAUAGUGCUCCACCUUCCAGGGGUGCUGUCUGCAUUAUUGGACACCCAGGGGGUGGAGUCAAACAAAUGGACCCCUGUUUUAUUAUUGCAAAAGAUGACAUUCCACAAGCAUUCGACAGAUACUUUAAAGAGAACCAAAGCCUUCCCAUCUUUCAUGUUAUAAAACAUCAGUACUGGGCUGAGGACAAGGAAAUCCGUAAAUCCCAGAUCAAUUACCAUUCCUGUUUCUUCCAUGGAUCAUCAGGCUCUCCUCUGUUUGACCAUCACUGCAACUUGAUCGGUGUUCACACUGGUGGAUAUACUUAUGAAGGAGAAAGAAAUAGAACGAGGAGUGUGAUGGAAUACUCAUUGCCACUGCUCCCCAUUCUGGUGCAUAUCUUCAUACAGUGCAGCUCUAAAAAAAGAAAAGAUAGUAGUAAUUCAGUACAUGAUAAAGUAGUUCAGUACUUCGAGUCCCAAAAAAACCUGAAGUAUGUUGUUAAUAUAGCAAAAGAACAGCUAGAGAGGAAUCCUCAGCCCAUGGACACUUCAUAAUGAUCAUGACAUCAUUAACCACGCUGAUGACAUCAUCAGUUCUCCUCAUUUUUAUUCCCACUAAUGACACUGAGAGUCCUGAAAUAUCACGUGGGAUUUAAGCAUCAAAAGGAUGGAAAAAACUUAAAGGUUUUCUACGAGCGAUUCAUCUUCAACAUCCAGAAAUCAGUGAUUACAGCCAUUUAUUUCUUCCUCACUGGGACUGCCUUCAUCUUCAUCGUGGUUCAGUUUAUAUUUAGUUUACUUUUUGUUUUUCUCUUCUUGCUAUCACUGGAGAUUCUAGCAUUUCUUUAUUGUAAUGUUUUCUCUUUAAUAAUUUCUUCAUAACUGUAACAGAUUCAUUUGCUGUUGUUUUGCUGGUGAAGAUGUGAGAGGGUCAGAAGGUGUGAGAGGGUCAGAAGGAAUGAAGUGUAACUUUUCUCUAUAUUCAAUUUCCUGCAUGAUGCUUCAGUCUUCAUUUGUAUAAUCACUGUAGACAGAAUAAGAAAAUAAAAUGAAUGAUGGGAAAUUACUCCGAGGGUCUGCUGAUGUUGUUCUCUGAUUAUUUGAUGAGGUUAAAUGUAGAUCUUUGUGUCACAUUCAUGCUGUUAGCACUGUGUUAUUUCAGUUUCUGCUCAGCACAAAGCUCACAGCAUCGUACUGUAUAAACCGUACAGACAGAUCCGAGGAGUCCUGACAUUUCAUCCUACUCCUCAGAUUGUCCAGCGUGCAUGUGCACAUCAAUUUCAUGUCAAGCCAUCUAACACCAGUGAUCAUAUUCAUUUCUACAUAUUUGUACUAAUCUACACUGUAUAGCCAAAAGUAUUGGGA